AUGGCCCCCCAAAGCGACACCUCCCAACGAAACAAAGCCGGACAAUCCUCCAACAUAGACCAACCACGGCGAAACCCGCGCUUUGCACAAUUCCCAAAAGCCCCCUUGAAGCCCUCUCCCAUCCAAGCGUCAUCUUACGAGCACAUACUGCUGCCCCCUCAGGAGGAGGAGGAGAAGAAGAAGAAGCCGCCAGGUCAAAAUGGAGGCGAGACGAGAUAUCACGAGCGGAAGCCGGGAAUGGUGCGGUUCGUCAGAAACAGCCACGUCUAUCCAAAGCCCGCCGUCAUGAAACCAACCAUUGCUCGAGAGAGAAAGACUCCAGCCGCCGCGCUCGUUUCAAGCAGUGGCCCUCAUACAGCAGAGGACAAGGCCAGGCAGAGACGACGUCGAGUUUCCCAGCAGAUGCACACCACGCAACGCCCUCGCGGGCCCAAAAAGAAGACAUUCAAACCGCAGCUCUCCAUCAAAGUGCCCUCUGCUGCUACUGCUGCUGCUGAGUCUGGACAGCGGCCAUCUUCGAAGCAAUGGCACAGAGUCCGGAGUAUUCUUCCAGCGGGGAGAGUCCCGGCUGCGAGAGCUGCGACUGUCCGGUUCCCUCUGUCGCGCGAAUCGUCGCCAGAAGAGCAAAUCUUUCCUUCUGUGCCGACGUCGAUGCAUCUGUGUUUUCUAUGUCGAUCUACUUCGCAGAGCGAAGGUGGGCUUUGCAGGAAUUGCGAGAUGGAAUACGCAAGGCCGCCUAGGCUUUACGAUGAUGAUGAUGAUGAUGAUGAUGGGGAGGACGAGGAGGACAAGGAGGACGAGGAAGAGGAGGGAGAUGAAAUGGGCGGGAUACAUUAUCCGGCUCGCUCGUACUCGAGUUCGAUCCAUUCAGGGUCAAGCUCGGUUUACUCGUCGGAUGCGACUCCCAUCAACGACGAGGCAAUGAUGGUGUCGCCUGUAUCGGUGCGUGAUGCUGAGGAGCUGAUCUUGCUGGUGUCUCCAUAUUCAACUAUGGGAAUGUCAUGUGUAGCAGAACAUGGGAUACAGGCAAGAUAUGACAAAGGGCACGGGGAAACAGACGCCGGAUCGGCAUCUCCAGAUCUUUAUGAUCUCGACUGGGCAGAGUACUACUUUAAUGAUGAAUACUUUGCUGGUGUAAAAGGGGGCUGGGGUGACUCGCUAUUAUAA